AGUGGGGUCAUUUUCGAGGACUUUACAUUUAAGCUUUCGUUUAUUUAAGAACACUUCGUCAGUUUACAAUAAAUCCAUUCACAAGAACUUUAUUUACCAAAUCGAUUAUUUUUUUUUUAAAUCGACAGGCCAACACCAAUUAAUAAUAGUAAACAUCGGGUAUAUAAAAGUACCUGUAUGUGUAUGUAGAGAUUACUACACUGUAGUGUAUUUAGUGGAAACACCGAGUGCUGAACCAUUAUAAAGAGUGAAUGUAAAUCAUGUCUUUGAUACAGUUCGUCAUCUGUUCUCUCAUCACAGUUGUCUUUUCAAACAAAAAUCAAAUAAAUACAGUUACUGUCGAAACUCCAUCAGGACUAAUCAAAGGUAUUCAGAACACAUUUUCAGAAAAUGGAGUCCAAGUUAUCGAGUUUCGCGGAAUAAGGUAUGGAAAGGCUCCUAUUGGUCAUUUGCGAUUUCAGAAACCGAUACCGGUGGAAAAAUGGGCAGAUACAUUUGAUGCUACUAAAUUUGGUGCUGCUUGUCCGCAGACGGAAAUGAAUUUUUCGGGAUAUGUAAAACUUGAGAUGUCCGAAGAUUGCCUUUUCCUAAAUGUUUAUGUUCCAAAGGUAUUGAACCCACAUAGAAAAUUAUCUGUUAUGGUUUGGAUCCAUGGAGGUGGACUCACUAUGGGACAUGCGCAUGACUAUGAUGGUGGGCGUAUUGCAACACAAGGAGAUGUUAUAGUAGUAACUAUUAACUACAGAUUAGGAGUUUUUGGAUUUUUUGCCUUAGCUCAUCCAGCUGCGAAGGGAAAUUAUGGUAUUUGGGAUCAGAAACUUGCUUUACAAUGGGUACAUGAUAAUAUCGCUGCGUUUGGAGGUAAUCCUGAUUCGGUGACAAUUUUUGGAGAGUCUGCAGGCGGAUGGAGUGUGAAUGUACAAGCAAUGAUACCUUCAAACAAAGGACUGUUCCAGAGAGCCAUAUCUCAAAGUGGUGCAUUUGAUUUUGGAAGGCCAUUUACGUUGAAGCCUAAAAUGCUGAGACAAUAUGCCGAAGAUUAUGCAAACAAAACAGGAUGUAUAUUGGACAACUUAUAUAAAUUUACAGAUUGCUUAAGACAAAUAUCAGUUGACGAACUAAUUGAUAUAACAAACCCAAUAAAGACAAGUCCAAUUGACAGAAUACCACUUGAAACAACCAGUUCGGGGGUUGUUGAUGGCGAACUUUUUACCGACAAUCCGUUUAGACUGUUAAGCGAUAAAACCUCAGAUGUAGCAAACUUUUUCAAAUCUAUUGAUUUCAUGGCUGGAACAACAUCUAAUGAAGGGUCUUUGCUGUAUAUGAUUGCUUCGCCAUCUUUUCAAAAACAUUUUGGAUUUAAUAUAACUGAGGGGAUACCAUCCAAAGUUGCAUGUGUUGGCAUCAUAGCACCAUUUGUAGAAGUGUAUUUAAACAAUUAUCCUGCAUUCAAAACGAAACUAUGUGACUUUUACACCGUCGAUGGUUCAUUUGCCGAACAAGGAUUGAGGGUCUCAGAAUUAUUUGCCGAUUUAUUAAUAACAUAUCCCGUUGUAAGAAUGUUGGAAUAUCAUUCGUCAUUAGGGGGUGAAACGUGGCAGUACAGAUUUUCCAAGACAUCUCCAUCUCCACUAGGUGGACCUCCACCAUCUUGGUUCAAAGGGUCAGGUCAUGCUGACGAACUCAUAUUCAUGUUUUCCAGCAAUCCUUUUGUAAGCCCUGAUGCUUCUCUGUCUGAAGAUGAAAAAGAGCUGUCGAAACAUAUGAUUAAUUAUUGGACUUCAUUUGCGAAAUCUAGGAAUCCGAAUGAAGGAGGAGAGCCAGUAGAAUGGAAAAGGUUCACUCUUACAGACAGAAAUUAUGUGAACCUUGAUGUCCCCAUCAGCGCUGAAAGUUUUAUGUCAUCAAAUAGUGUGCAAUUCUGGACUGAACUAUAUCAGAAUUAUGAAUUUGAGUCGUCUGGUGGCCUUAAUGAACACGACGAAUUGUAAUAUAAUAUUAUAUACGAAUCUUCCGAUUCGAUGCAUACGUUUUGUAUUUAGAUCUCAUGCAUGAAAUAAAAGAAUUAUUGUAUGA